UUUUUUUUUUUUUUUUUUUACAUAUAUACACAUACAUUUGUUUCUCAUAGUCAAAGAAUGGACCACAUUGAAUUAGAAAGAGUGUCUGAUUCUUCUACCCCACGUACUCCACCCAAGCAAAUAACCAACAAAAACAAUGGAGCUGGAGUCUCUCGAGUACCUUCAAGUUCAUUGAACAGGGAACUAUACCAGUCGCAAUUCCGUCAACGACCUUUUGGUCAACUUCGGGAUAAUCUCUAUGCUGCUUUACCUGUACCCCCCCAUGUGAUUCCCGUUGUGUCUUCAUCGAUGCAAGUGGAUCAAUACGAGGCCAUGAUGGUACAGCCGAGUCGCAUUGCAGAUAACUUGACCAUCCAGGACUUGAUGGAGCCUUUCUCCUUUGCCCAAGGCCCCACGGACAAGGAUAAGCUUGCAAAGACACUCUUCUUGAAAAAGCUCAUUGCCAAACUCACUUCCAACGGAAUCAAUUACGACAUGGCCAUUAUUUGUAACUGCAAAGCCUCACAGAAAUAUGUCUAUGAGACCUUGUCUUCAUACAAAUACAACGUUCGCAGGAUUACCGACUUCAAUAACUCUCAGAGUAUAUUUGGAGUCAUGGUGAAAAUCAGAAGGCAUAUCAAGGACCCAGCUCUAUACACUCCCAUUGAACGUAAUGAACUGGAUGGCCUCUUUAUCUACGACGCGGCCUGUCACACUUCAAUUGACAAAGAAUUGAAAGUGUUUACAGGCGUGCGUUCGUGUGGUCCUACUCUUUUCAAUCUUUGCUGCAUGGACUCAGCCGAGAUUCGUAUCUUUACCUAUAACCAAAUCGUUGCCCCCGAAAAGGCAAUUACUUGGGAUACCAAGGUGAGGGAUCUCGACAAGAACUUGAAGCAAAUCCUCCUUUUACAACCCAACAGGGAUCCGGAUCCUGUCUUCUAUAGUGGCUGGAAUGACUAUCUAUCCCAAAAUGUAUUCAACUGGAUAAGUAAUCCUAACAAUAAUGUCUACCAAGUCAAGUUUCCAUCCAAAGGUGGCCUUCUUUCUCAACUUCAACAAUUCAUUGUCCACCAUCCUCUCACUACCUCGUCCAUCCCCGCUCAUAUUCAACAUCCUGCUCUCCCUUCCGUAGCUACUGCCUCUACCCCUGUCUCUCCUGCUCCUACACCCACCAGUAGUAGUAGUAGCAGUGGUAGUAAUGGUAAUAGCAGUAGUUAUAGAGGUGGUGGUAACACUAGCAGUCAUAUGGAGAUCGAUUCAAGACCCACCAAACGCGCCAACAUUGAACCUACUGCCAAGCAACAAUUAAUCAGUAGAACUACGUCCAAUCAAAAGUCAAACUCCAACCUCGUUACCACAAAGGCUUCCAUCAUCCGACCCGAUCAAAUGCCCGAAACUGGUAUUCAUCCUGAUCGUAUAGCCAUGAUGAUCAAUACCGGUACCAAUAACACGGACAUGAUGGCGCAGACCAAUAAACGUGGAUUGAGUCCCCCAAAGAAUCUUCCUCCCCUCAGCAAACACCGACGUCUGGAUCCAGAGAGUCAUGCUAUGAAAGAACAAGCUAGUUCAUCUGCCAAUCCUGUACGGACGCCACUUUAUCACCCACCUUCGUCCAGUGUCGACCGAUUAUCUCAGCCAGCAUCCUCCUCCUCCGCCAUGGACACGACGACAUCGUCUCCCUCUGAAAAAUUAAAAACGAUUUUACCUCCUGUAGAAGAAGUCAAUGCCAUUGCUGCUGAAAUUACCAACGACUUUGAUGAUUUUUUGAAAAAAGCUUUACAAAAGUUUAAAGAUGACAUUAAUGCCAUCAAGUUUUAAAUAACAGUGUCUUUUUUUAAUCAAUAAAUAUUUUUUACAUUCA